GAAGCAAUUGUGCAACGUGUUAAAACUGUUAGAAAAAAGAAGAAGUUUUAAUUAGUUUAGAGGUAUAGUAACUAUCAAGAUAAAUGAAUCAAUAUUCAUAAUAACCAAAUGAAGAAGAUGAUGAUGAAAAUAGUAUGUUUCUUUACAGAAACAUUAGAUCUUGAAGAUAAGAACUUGGAGAGCUCUAGCCAAAUAGUGUAAAAAUACUUGAACUUGGAUUUAAAACCAAAAAAAGAAGUUGUCCAAAUUCAGCAAAUUCCUAUCUCAAAUGUUGACAUUCCGCAAGCAUAAAUUGUAAAAACAAUAGGUUAAUACAUUUUGUACAUAUUAGAGUCAAACUCAGAUAGUAAAAAGAGAAAAAAUGAGAUGAUGGUAAGAAAUUAAGAAGACGUGUUUGAAACUUAUAUAAGCAAAUCAUAAAAUUCAGUGAGAGAAAAGAGACCUCGAUAUGUAUAUAAAGUAAUAUAGUUGUUUGAUAAGAAUUAUAGAGUGGAGCAUAUUAUGAUGGAGAAUGGGUUGGCAAAAAUAGGGAUGGUUAUGGAAUAUAGAUUUGGAGUGAUGGGGCUAAGUAUGAAGGUGAAUGGAAGAAUAAUAGAGCUAAUGGGAGAGGUAAAUUUUGGCAUGUAGAUGGGGAUUUCUUUGAUGGAGAAUGGAAAAAUGAUAAGGCAUGUGGUAAAGGUAUUUAUAGUCAUUUGAAUGGUGCAAAAUAUGAAGGAGAUUGGAUGGAUGAUUUGUAACAUGGAUUUGGAAUAGAAACAUGGGCAGAUAGUUCAAAAUUUGAAGGAUAAUAUUAAAAUGGAAAAAAGGAAGGAUAUGGAAAAUAUUUUUGGGCAGAUGGUUCUUCUUAUGUAGGAGAUUGGAGUGAUAAUAAAUUAUCUGGAUAUGGUUUAUAUACUUGGCAUGAUGGAAGAGUAUUAAUAUAGAUUAUUUAAGAAAUAUUUAGGAUAAUGGGCUAAUAAUUAAAUGAAUGGAAGAGGUAUUUAUAUUUGGACGGAUGGUAGACAAUAUGAAGGAUUUUAUUUGAAUGAUAAAAAACAUGGUUAUGGAAUCUAUGUUUGGCCAGAUGGAAGAGUAUUUGGAAUAUUAUUAUUUAGAAAUAUGAUGGUUAUUGGUUAAAUGGAAAAUAAUCUGGAAAUGGUAGGUAUGUAUUACAGAAUGGUAAAAGCUAUCUUGGGCUAUGGUAAGAUGGAAAAAGAAUUAGAUGGUUAGAUUAAUCAGAAUAUAAUAUAGAUUUAAGACCUAAAGAUUGGAAUUCAUAUGUAUAGCCAUCUAUGCCAGAAUGA